CUAACUCUUAGCUAUUAGAGUUUUAUUUCUUGUAAAUUCUUCUUUGUCAAUAUUUUAAAAUUUCCUCAUUACCGCCUUUUUCGAAUUUAAUCUAGAGUAUAUGCAGAGUGGAAAUAUUUUUCACCUUCAUUGUUGUUAAUAACAAUUGUACCUUCAUUAUCAACUUCAUACACUAAUGGCUAAAAGAGGGCCAACAUCUGAAUUGAAUCAUGACAAUUGGGAUUCAGUUGAUGAUAAAGAAGAAGCUGGUUCUUUUACACCAUGUAGUGCAACUGAACUUCAGAAUCGUAUCAUAAGGAAAGCUAAAAGAAGUUUAACAAAUUCUUCAAGUGGUAAUAAUAGUCCAGGAAUGACACCUUUCGCAAAAUUUUCUGGAUUCUCUGGUGUUGCCAGUCCUUUUAGUUCUUCUGUAAAGACUGACGCCUCAAGCUACAACAGCUGUUUCCCUGCAACAGUGAAGAAAGAGGAGAAACCAAAUGGUACCACUUCUAGUAGUCAAGAAAAGAAUUCAGGUGAUGCAAAGGCCUGCACUUCCAAUACCAAGCCUGAAGAGAAACAAGCACGGAAUUUAGAAUAUUAUAGACAAUUGCAGAGCCUAAACGAAAGUGUUUUGAAGUGGAUGCAGCUGCAUUUAGCUAAGAAUCCAUGUUGUGAUUUUACACCUGUUUUUAAUGAUUACAAAAAGCAUAUGGACACCCUUAAUGUUAUCUAUCCAGUAAAAAUGAAGGAAGCAACUUUUUCUGAUAAUAAACCCAGUUUCAGUGGAUCAUCAACUGCUGAAAUUACAAAGGAUAAUGCAAAUCAUUCAGGAUCUUCUAACGAUAAUUCAAAUUUUAAGAAGGAAAAGAAUGAAGAUGAAACAGAUUAUGGAGCAAAUUUUAAAUCCAAUACCACAAAUACUUCUACUUUCAGUUUUGGUAUAAAAUCAUCUCCUACUCCAACUUCUUCAGUUUCUUCAAUUGGAUGUACUAGCAGUGCAAAGGAAGGAAAUGAUGCUGGCAAUGAAGAGAUGAAAACACCAGCUCCAUUUUCUUUUGGAUUUUUUAAUAAAGCAGCAAAUCAAUCCAAUUCCGAUAAACCUUUCUCUUUUGCUUGCACCCCUGUAGAAAAAAUAGAAUCAGUUGAGAAUGAAGAAGCUGAAUAUGUACCACCAAAAAAUGAAUUUGUUGCUGUGACUGAGGAAGAUGCUUUCUAUUCUAAAAGGUGUAAGUUAUUUUUCAAGAAAGGUGAUUCUUAUGCAGAAAGGGGUGUUGGUAAUCUUUACUUAAAACCAAUGGAUGGAAAAACACAGCUUCUCAUUAGAGCUGAUACAAGUUUAGGCAACAUUUUGCUUAAUAUCGUCCUAAGUGCAUCAUUGCCAAUGUCUAGAACUGGGAAAAACAAUGUUCUCUUGGUGUGCAUUCCUAACCCCCCAGUGGAUGUAAAGAAAGCCGAUUCUAAAGAAGCCAUUCCAAUGCUGAUUCGUGUGAAAACAUCAGAAGAAGCAGAUGAAUUACUAGAAACUCUUAAUAAGUACAAGUCAUAAAUCUAAUGAUUGCCUGAUCUCUGUUAAACUACAUCUUGCUUUUAUCAUAUUUCUGUCUCUAUAAUUGGAUUUACUUUUCAUUUAAAGUCUUUUUACAUGUAAAAUAAUCAUCCAAAUAAAAACAAUUUGGCAUACAUAUGGAAA